GUGUGAGCUUACAAAUGGGUCAGUCCACCCACACUGUGUCAGUCUCCUCAACUUUGCCUGAACCUGCUACAGAAGGAAAACGCUCCCACUUGCUUUCAGUCUCGGCUAGAAACGUGAUGGCAAGUAAUUUCUCGGUGACUCAUCAAGCUACACUGAUGCUGCUCCUGGUAACUUGCACACACUUGAAUGAACUUGCAGUGGAUCCUCCUGAGGACCUUUUGAUAGUAGACCUCGGUCAUCUUGGACAUCUUGAGAUUACAUGGAGCCCCCCAGCCAUCUUAAUCGAAAUGAAAGAGUGCCCAGAAUUUUAUCAGCUGGAGUACUUCAACACAUACAGGGAGAGUUGGACUGCCAUCAGGACGCCUAAGAGGUCGUACAGUACCCAGUUUGAUCUGAUGAAGGACAUUAGAGUGAGAGUGUACACCUUGCUGAGUGGACCCUGCACCAACGGUACUAUGAUCAAGAGUACGACUUACACCGAACUGGUCCAGAAACCUCCCAACACAGGUGUUGGCGGUAUCAAGGUCGAGCAUUUUAUCUGUGUGUUCAGUAACAUGGAGAGGAUGGAGUGCAAUUGGAGAAGAAACCCACAGAUGCCAGCCAACUCUCAGCAAUAUCUAUAUUUCUGGCACAAGGACCUGGAACAGGCAGAGGAAUGCCCACAGUACAUAAUUUCAGGUGGAGUCAGGAGUGGUUGCAACUUCACAGGGAAAGCUCUCCCUGAUUACAGUGAUAUCAACUUCUGCAUAAAUGGUUCCUCUCUUGAAGGGCCCCUGAAACCAACAUUCAUCUCCUUGCAAAUCCAAAACCAUGUGAAGCCUGGAACCACAGAGAAGCUGCAUCUGCAAACAGGUCCAGACACGAUGGAAAUACAGUGGGAGAGUCCUCUCGGGAGGAUUCCUGGACACUGCCUAGAAUGGGAGGUGGAACACAGACAAGAAGCGCCUGAUGGAAAAAUUGCAACGCAGCUGAUUUUAACCAAACGGACGAGCCUGACCCUGCCCCUAAUCCACAACCAUGGGAGAGACUGCUUCAGGGUGCGGUCUAAAUUGCACAAGUACUGCGCAGACAAAAGCUUUUGGAGUGAGUGGAGUCGUCCGACCUGCCGCCCAGAAAUGAAAGUAGUCGCAUCUAAACCAGAAUGGGACAUGGCACCAGCCUAUGUCUAUAUUGCCGUUGCCAUCAUUGCCACACUGGUGAUGUCUCUGUGUUUGGGGGCAGUGCUCAAAGUGAGGAGAUCUAGACAAGAGAAGAAGCCAGACUCUCUGCUCACCUCUCCUUUUGCAAGAAGGUCUCUGACUGAAAAUCACAAAGAUGCCAUACAGUCAUCACCUGAGAUUGUUACCACUGUUAAUAUGUUACUGAAGAUACUAAAGUGAGUUAUUUAAGAAAAAAAUUUAGAACUUACAAACUGUAUUAUAUUAUUCCAACAUGCUGUACCGUGCUUGCCCUUUUUCUUUACAUUUUUAUGCAAAUGUUUAAAUUUAUAUGAACUACUCUGAGAUGUCAUGUUAACUGGAAAUGUAAUGCUUAUGGAAGGGGUUCUAUUUUUUAUAAUUGGUUGUUUACUUUUUGCUACCACAUCUGCCAGCUGAGUUAGUCAGCAGAGAAUAUUUUGUAGAUGUUGUGUUCAGGAACAAUUACUUAAUCUUUGAGAAUUACUUUGUGAUGUUUCACUAUUUUUCCAGAUCUCUUGACAGUUGAUUGGUCAGCAUGGGUCCAUAUGUGUGUGUGUGUGCGUGUGUGUGUGUGUGUAUAUAUAUAUAUAUAUAUAUAUUAUACACACACACAUAUAUAUACUGCUUAAUGAUUUUUUGUUUAAUUGUUUACUUUUUGCCUUAACUCUUGCCUUGUAGUUCAGACAACGAAGAUUUUAACAUGUCUAAACCCAGUACAAAGGUAUAAAUGGUCUGUGAAAAUGGUUUUGUACUAUGUCUUUACUGCACACUUCAAGCCAGUGAAGUCUUUCAAAAACCAGCAUAAUUUACUGUGCAACUGAGAGGGAUAUACCAUAUUUCUUUAAAUGGGUUAAUGCAGAAGAAAUGAGUGUGUCAGGGUGUUUUAAUGCCACAACUUGCCAGUUUUUUUUUUUUUUUUCCGUCUUGAAGCGUAUGAAUUAUAACUCUACGUGAAUGUAAAACAAGGUUUUUGUAACUGUUAAAGCAUUUGUUGUUGGUCAGAUAUCCUAAAAUGCCUCAAGUACAUCAAAUAUUACACCAAAUGCGCCUCCUUUAACUUUGGAAAAUUUAGUUGUAUUCAAUAGUAGAGUUGAUUGUUGUCGUUUCUUUUUAAUGAGCUCUAUGCUUAAUAAAAAAGUGUCUUUUUUAAUCAGAACAUGUUUGCAUGACAUCCAGAUAGCUGACUAUCUGUCUGUUCUUAGCAUCUUAGAAAAAAAUAAGAAAUAAAGGAAAUGCAGAAAAUGAACAUAUCAUAUGCAGCUUUCACGGAUUCAUAUCACGUGAGACUAUUUUUUACUAUUUGUAUUCAUGGAGUCUGAGAGGCAACACAACAUUUAAUGUUUUGUAUUAACCAUCCUCAUCAAAAUAAUUUCAACCUGUGGUUCAACUACUGUUAUGAAUUAAGGGGUUGUGAAUGAUGACAACCUUUUAUAUUUACUAUAUUUACUAUAAUACUGCCUAUUAUGGAAAGAUCAUGAAAGACUGUAUUUCACACGGAUUACUGUUUAAUGGGAUAUUUGGCUGUUUGAUGCACUUUACCUCAGUAUUUCAUGGGCAACAUUUGAUGUGUGUUCAUAGGUUGUAGAAAAUGAAAAACUCACUUUACUUUUCCUACUGGAACCUAAAUGUAAGUACAGCGGAAGAAAGCAAGACUAUUGGAACAUUUAGGCAUUUUAGUAGAAAGGAGAAGUAUUUUUUUAACAUGGGGUCCCAGGAAAAGAAACUGUGGGAACCAGCAAGUAUUUUAUUGGUACCUGAUUCAUACAGCAAAAUCACUAUGUAUGUGGUGGCCUGUAUUAUAAAAGGUUACGCAAAAUGACAGAAAAGCCGAUGGAUAUGAGUGGGUUUUUUGUUUUUUUUGGGUGCUUUUUUUCUGUUUCACUUUAUGGCUUAUUUCAAAUA